UUGCUUUUUUAUCUCUGUUUUUUUCUCUCUCUUCACACCAAACAAAACUCCACCCCAUCAUGAGACAUCCUCUGCAACAAGCACUCCGAAAAAGCCAUUCUAACCAUCAAAACCUUCCAUACCUUAAAUUUACCUCUGUUAAUGCUCUACCGUUAUUCCCCAUUUCCGAUUCUUCAUCCCCAUAGCUCCACUAUGAACCCCUCUUCUUCUUCUUCUUCUUGCUUUCUUUUGCCUUUGGGUUUCUUGAUUUUGUUGGUUCUGAGGCCGGUGUUUUCUGCUCCCUCGUCUGCAAAUGUUUCGGUUCAGUUAGUGUCGCUCUUGUCGUUGAAAUCGUCGCUCAAAGAUCCUUAUGACACGUUUCGUGAUUGGGAUCCGACCUCGGCAUUGUCGAAGCCAGGUUUUGAGAAUGUUUGGUGUUCUUGGUCGGGGAUUAAGUGUGAUAAGAAGACUGGUUUUGUCACCGGGAUUAAUCUCUCCGGCCGGGGACUCUCCGGCGAAAUUCCGGCGGAUAUCCGGUAUUUGCUCCAUCUCCACCAUCUCAAUUUGAGCUCAAAUGUUCUGGGCGGCCCUUUGCCGCCGGUGCUUUUUCAAUUCCCCUUUCUCCGGUCGCUGGACGUUAGCCGGAAUAACUUCAGCUCGAUUUUCCCGCCCGGAAUUUCAAGACUCAAGUCUCUGACUCACUUUGACGCUUUCAGCAACAACUUCACCGGCCCUUUGCCCGGAGACGUCGUCCACUUGCCGAACCUCGAGUAUCUCAACUUCGGCGGCAGCUACUUCGGCGGCGAAAUUCCGGCGAGUUAUGGGAGUUUCGUAAAACUGAGAUUUUUAUACCUCGCCGGAAACUUACUCUCCGGUCCAAUCCCGCCGGAGUUGGGUUUCUUGAACCAACUUGAGCAUUUGCAAAUUGGGUGUAAUCUAUACAGCGGCGGCGUUCCGCCGCAAUUUGGCUCGUUAUCCAGUUUAGCCUAUCUUGAUAUCCAAUCAGCAAACCUCUCAGGUCCUCUGCCUCCCCAAUUGGGAAACCUCACAAAGCUUGAAAUUUUCAUUAUUUACAACAACAGUUUCGCCGGUGCAAUCCCAUAUGAAUUCGGUAAACUAACAUCCUUAAAAGAGCUCGAUUUAUCCGAUAAUUUCCUCUCAGGACCAAUCCCGACCUCGCUCUCAUCACUCCAAAAGCUUCGGUUGUUGUCUCUGAUGAACAACAACUUAACAGGCCAAAUUCCAGAACCCAUCGGAGAUCUUCCAGAGCUUGAAAUUUUAAACCUGUGGACUAACAAUCUCUCCGGGAUUUUACCGCAGAAACUCGGCUCAAAUGAGAAGUUACAAAAGCUCGAUGUCUCUACCAAUUCUCUCUCCGGUCCAAUUCCGCCCAAUCUUUGCCGUGGCAACAAACUGGAGAAGCUAAUCCUGUUCGGCAAUCACUUCAUCGGAGCUUUGCCGGAAUCUCUGGCGAACUGUACGGCUUUAUGUAGGGUUAGAAUUCAAAACAACAACCUUAAUGGCUCGAUUCCUGUCGGGUUUGGCUCAUUCCCCAAUUUAACGUUGAUGGAUAUUAGCCGGAACAGUUUCGGAGGACAAAUUCCAAGAGAUUUAGGCAAUGCCGGAAGUUUGGUGAACUUAAAUGUCUCCCAGAAUUCGUUCCAGGGCGAAUUACCCGACAACAUUUGGAAAGCCCCGAGUUUGCAGGUGUUUUCUGGUAGUUACAGUAACCUAAGCGGCAAAAUUCCUGAUUUCAAAGGUUGUCAGGCAUUGGCUAAUGUUGAACUUCAAGGAAAUAAUCUCACGGGGAGCAUUCCUUGGGAUAUUGCGGAUUGUCAGAAGCUUAUAAUGUUGAAUUUAGGUUUAAAUUCGCUUUCCGGGAUUAUUCCCUGGGAGAUUUCCACUUUGCCGUCAAUCGCUGACGUGGAUUUGUCGCAUAAUUUCCUCACCGGUACAAUUCCUUCCAAUUUCGGCAAUUGUAGCACCCUGGAGAGCUUCAAUGUUUCUUUCAAUCGCCUCUCCGGUCCCUUACCGGUUUCCAGUUCAAUAUUUUCCAGUCUCCAUCCCUCUUCCUUUAUCGGAAACGACGGCCUCUGCGGCAGCGUAAUUCAGAAGCCGUGCCGGAGCGACGCGCCACCGCCGGAGAAUAAGCAACAGCCGAAGAAGACCGCCGGCGCCGUCGUGUGGAUCGUGGCGGCGGCGUUUGGAAUCUGCCUGUUUGUACUCGUCGUGGGGAGCCGGUGUUUCCACGCGCGUUAUAGCCUCAGAUUUUCCAACAACCGGGGCAUCGGGCCCUGGAAGUUAACGGCGUUUCAGCGUUUGAAUUUCACGGCGGAUGACGUGAUGGAAUGCCUGAGCAUGAGCGAUCAGGUGAUCGGGAUGGGAUCGGCGGGGACCGUGUACAAGGCGGAGAUGCCCGGCGGUGAGAUUAUCGCCGUGAAGAAACUAUGGGGGAAGCAAAAAGAGACCGUCCGGAAACGGCCGGGGGUGUUAGCCGAAGUCGAUGUUUUAGGCAACGUGAGACAUAGGAACAUUGUGAGGUUACUAGGAUGUUGUAGCAACAAUGAGUGUACAAUGUUACUCUACGAGUACAUGCCUAAUGGGAGUCUUGACGAUCUUCUUCAUUCCAAAAACAAGGCUACCAAUUUGGCCGCAGAUUGGGUCACCAGAUACAAGAUUGCACUCGGAGUUGCUCAAGGAAUCUGUUAUUUGCAUCACGACUGUGAUCCUGUCAUUGUACAUCGAGAUUUAAAACCUAGUAACAUUCUUCUGGAUAAUGAAAUGGAAGCUAGAGUGGCUGAUUUUGGAGUUGCGAAAUUAAUCCAAAGUGACGAAUCUAUGUCCGUCAUUGCUGGAUCUUAUGGUUACAUUGCUCCAGAAUAUGCUUAUACAUUGCAAGUUGACGAGAAGAGUGACAUUUAUAGCUACGGAGUGGUGUUGAUGGAGAUAUUGACGGGUAAAAGAUCGGUGGAUGCUGAAUUUGGAGAUGGCAAUAGCGUGGUAGAUUGGGUGAGAACGAAGUUGAAGAGUAAAGACGGUAUAAAAGACGUGUUAGACAAAAAUGCUGGUGCGUCUUGUCUUUCGGUGAGGGAAGAAAUGAUGUUGUUGCUUAGGGUCGCGUUAUUGUGCACUAGCCGGAAUCCGGCGGACCGGCCAUCGAUGAGGGAUGUUGUGUCAAUGCUGCAAGAAGCCAAGCCUAAGAGGAAAGUGGCCGGGAAUGGUGGUGGCAAUGGUGCGGUUGGUGGGGGUGAUGUUAUUCCCGUGGCCCAAAAGGCAACUUUUGAGGGUUAAAUCAAAUAUCUAUAUAUGAUUGGGAAUUGAUUUUUUUUUUUUUUUUUCAUUUUGAUUUUGUAACUUGCCGUAAAUUGUGGGGAUUGGUAUAGCAGAAGGUACUUUUUUUUUGGGUAUUGUUUCCAUUAAUAUAAUGGAACUCUCUAGUGUUAUGACAAUCUUAUUCCAUUAUCCACCUAAUGUAUUACCUAUGAGGUGUUAAUGUGAUUGCUUAAAUCUUAA